AACCUUGGGAUCUUGACAGUGGGGGGCGCGCCGUCCUGAGUGUGAGGAGGGGAAGUGGUCAGGGGCUCUUUGUGCGGUCCCUGUGCGGCUGAGCAUCCCGUCCCUGUUACCUCAGUUUCCCUGUACGUGAGAGGUGAAAGCCCCGUGCUGGCACCCUAGCAGGAAGGAAACUGAGGCUGGAGGUCGGCCCGGGUGGCUGCCUGACGGAGGAGGCGCCAGCAGCUAAGGGGCGGGGCUUACCGUGGCCCCGCCCCCGACUGCUAUCAGCCGGGCGCUGUUCCCCGCGCGCUGCCGCCAGGUCUGCCGGCUCCGGAAUAUGGACACCUCCGGGACCCCGGCACAGACCACCGCCCCGGGCCCGGGUAGGAAGGAGCUGAAGAUCGUGAUCGUGGGCGAUGGCGGCUGCGGCAAGACUUCGCUGCUCAUGGUGUACAGCCAGGGCUCCUUCCCCGAGCAUUACGCCCCAUCCGUGUUUGAGAAGUACACGGCCAGCGUGACCGUGGGCAGCAAGGAGGUGACCCUGAACCUCUACGAUACCGCCGGGCAGGAAGACUACGACCGGCUGCGGCCCCUGUCCUACCAGAACACCCACCUGGUGCUCAUCUGCUACGACGUCAUGAACCCGGUCAGCUACGACAACGUCCUCAUCAAGUGGUUCCCUGAGGUCACACAUUUCUGCCGUGGGACCCCCAUGGUGCUCGUGGGCUGCAAGACGGACCUGAGGAAGGACAAGGAGCAGCUGCGGAAGCUCCGGGCGGCCCAGCUGGAGCCCAUCACCUACCUGCAGGGCAUGAGCGCUUGCGAGCAGAUCCGAGCCGCCCUCUACCUGGAGUGCUCAGCCAAGUUCCGGGAGAACGUGGAGGACGUCUUCCGGGAGGCGGCCAAGGUUGCCCUCAGCGCCCUGAAGAAAGCGCAUCGACGGAAACACCGCCCGCUGUGCCUGCUGCUCUGACCCCGCCGGGCCGGGACUGACCGGGCCCUGGUCUCUGGCCCACUCCUCGGGGUCCCGCCGCAGCCCUAGCCCUCGGAGGGCACUUGGGGUUGGGCGUCUCCAGGGCCUGCUGCCUGGAGCCUGUGGCAAGACUCUUAGGACGUCUGGAACUCUCUCCUUUCCCGGCUGGGGCCCCCGUGCCAGUGGGCGAGGGUGCUGGACCCAGUCCCCUGUGCCCUGGAACUGGCAUCUGUGCCCAGAACUCUGGAGCGCCCUCUGCACACCUCCCCCCAGCCUCGUGCGUCCACCUUCGCACACCCAGCGGGUCCCCAAAGCCCGCGCUCCAAAGGCCAGGCGACACUGGGGUGCGGGGGAGUGCGGACUGGGCAGCACCCCAGGGGCCCCACGCCUGCGGCUCCCUGGGCUCGGGAGAUAGACCCGGCUGCAUCCUCCAGCUCCUGGCUUCCUUCCCCCGGGGCACCGUCGGCCACGAGGGGACCAGGCCUAUCAGGGGCACACAGGCGACAGACCCGGACGUGGGGGCUGGCAAACCCCCACUCUGCCCCCUCCGCCCCACACAGAGGACUUCAGGCCCAGCCUUUGGCUCGACCGACACCUUUCCAGAGCUGGACGCAUAUGACCAGGGGGAGGAGGAGCUCGGAAAGCAAACCAACGCCCUGGACCACCCGUCCACCCCUGCUCUGGGUCUCCUCGCCCGCAGCAACCCUGCUGCCAACUAGAGAUGAAAAGCGACACCAGCUCCUGACCUCGGACAGGUCCCUGCUCUCUACAGACCGUCCCUGUCUGCAAAAGGACAGCGCCGGCUCGUGCAAGAGCCAUCAGGCCACCACGUCAGCCGAAGCAAGGAAGCAAGACCGGCCCGGCCUGCUUCGAGGACGGACGUGCCCGCCUGGGCCGCAGACUCACUGGACCCCCUCCGGGAGGGCCCGGGAACGGUUGAACCAGUGCCCCUGGCGGUUUUAACGCCCGAGACCCAGAGUCACUCGGUUCCGAGCGAGCACAGGAGUCAGCGCCCCGGAGCCGGGACGAUGCUCCCGGAGGCCCUGCCCCCGGUGCCGGGGCCACGAAGCCGGAGCCUUUCCAAAGUCGCUGGCCGGGGAAGGAGACCUCCGACGCCCACUGCACCUCACCCAGGUUCCCCGGGGCCCUGCCGCACCCUGGGGACCGAACAGGGCGUUCAGUCCAAGGACCUCUGGUUCGGGCAGAAUUCGGGGUCUCAGGGACAAAUGAGGGUUUGGGACCAAGGUCAGCAAACGAUGGCCGGUGAGCCAAAUCCGGCCACUCUGUGUUUGCAGAUAAGGUUUUAUUGGAAGACAGCCGUGCCCACUCACCUAUGCGCCGGCGGCUCCUGCCCUGCAGCUGUGGGCUGCGGUGGCUGUGAUGGGCCACCUGGCCCCUCACAGGGAAAGUUGGGGACGUCCAGACCAGAGCAGUGACUUCCAGCCAGCGCACCCCAGAAUUUUUGGAACAUGCUCCGCCUGACUGUUUAGUCAGGGGCACUGAUCCCCUUUCCCUUAGGCUGUCGAAUAAAAAAUGUGACAACAGCCAACACACUA